CUAGGCCUGGACCAGGCCGAGAGCGAGAAGCGGCGCUAGGACCCGGCGGGUCUGGGCUGCGGCUGGGCCUGGCGGCUUGGGGAGAGGGACCCCAGCUCUCGGCUCCCGGCGCCAUGUGAGGGGGGUGAGGGGGCCGCGGGGGGCCGGGCGCUCCCCGGCGGAGGUGAGCGGGUCCCGCGCAAGAUGAGGAAACUGAGGCUCAGAGAGGUCACAUGGCUUGCUCAAGGCCCUCCAGCCAGUAAGUGGUGGAACCGGGAUUCGCACUGGCACCUGACAUGCUGUACUGACCAUGGCCUUCUCAGAGCAGGAUUGUGACGGGGCUGGCCAGGGCGACGGUGGUCCUGGCUGAGGGCACUGCUCAGGCAAAGGUGUGACCCCACAUCCCUGCCCCCAGGGCCACCUGCAGGACGCCGACCCCUACCCCUCAGCAGACACCGGAGAGAGAUGAGUAACAACAAAGAGCAACGGUCAGCAGUGUUCGUGAUCCUCUUUGCCCUCAUCACUAUCCUCAUCCUCUACAGCUCCAACAGUGCCAAUGAGGUCUUCCAUUAUGGCUCCCUGCGGGGCCGCAUGCGCCGGCCCGUCAACCUCAAGAAGUGGAGUAUCACUGAUGGCUAUGUUCCCAUUCUUGGCAACAAGACGCUGCCCUCCCGCUGCCACCAGUGUGUGAUUGUCAGCAGCUCCAGCCACUUGCUGGGCACCAAGCUGGGCCCAGAGAUUGAGCGUGCUGAGUGUACGAUCCGCAUGAAUGAUGCACCUACCACGGGCUACUCAGCUGAUGUGGGCAACAAGACCACUUUCCGCGUGGUGGCUCAUUCCAGUGUAUUCCGUGUGCUGCGGAGGCCCCAGGAGUUCGUUAACCGGACCCCUGAAACCGUGUUCAUCUUCUGGGGCCCCCCAAGCAAGAUGCAGAAGCCCCAGGGCAGCCUUGUGCGUGUCAUCCAGCGGGCAGGCCUGGCGUUCCCGAACAUGGAAGCCUAUGCCGUCUCUCCCACCCGCAUGCGUCAAUUUGACGACCUCUUCCGGGGUGAGACGGGCAAGGACAGGGAAAAGUCCCAUUCAUGGUUGAGCACAGGCUGGUUUACCAUGGUGAUCGCGGUGGAGUUGUGUGACCAUGUGCACGUCUACGGCAUGGUUCCUCCCAAUUACUGCAGCGGCCCCGCCUGCAGCGCACACCCUACCACUACUACGAGCCCAAGGGGCCGGACGAGUGUGUCACCUACAUCCAGAAUGAGCACAGUCGCAAGGGCAAUCACCACCGAUUCAUCACUGAGAAGAGGGUCUUCUCGUCCUGGGCCCAGCUGUAUGGCAUCACCUUCUCCCACCCCUCCUGGACCUAGGCUACCCUGCCUGUGGGACCUCAGGAGGGGCACAGGAGAAGUGGCUCUUCUCCCAGUGAUUCGACUGCGGGCCAUCUUCUGGCCAAUCAAGGCUAGCUGGAGUGUCUCUUAGUCAUUCAGGGCCCUGACAAGGAUAUAUCCUCCAGCCAAUCAGGGCCUAGGGGUAUCCCUUGGCCAAUCAGGGAUUUGGGAGUCUACGUGGUUAAUCAGGGGUGUCUUUCCUGUCCUGUCAGGGUCUGAGCUUAGUCAAUCAGGGUACAGGGGUAUUUCUGAGUCAGUCUGAGGCUAAGGUCAUGUCCUUUCCCAUGAAGUCUUGGUUCAGAGCCCCAGGAAUGGGCCCCUAAUCACUCCCUCCUGGGUUGGGACAGUGGAGUCCUGUCCCAAGGAACUGAGAACUUGGUGUUGCCCCCUCAAUUCCCAGAAUCAGAAAGAGAUCAUGUGGGGGUGGAAGCUGUCUGGAGGCCAAGCCAGAGAAUUUGUGGAAUUGAAGAGAUUGUGGGGGUCAUAGGCAGCCGCAGAGGAGGUCAGUGUCCGGGUCUUGGCUCUGCCCUGAAUGACCUUGGACAAACCCCUGCCCUCUCUGGGCACCCUUCGUCCCGUGUCAGGUUCUAAGGUGGUCUGAGGCCCCUUCCCAUGGCCCCACCAACUAUCCUUGGGCCUGUUGUCUCUGAGAUUGAGUCCCCCAAGCACUGUCCCAGAGUUGGGGGUUUCUGACUGAAAUGAGACAAGCCUUCUGCUGUUUUCUUAGCCCCUCAGCCCAGCUGUCCUUAGCUUGGCUCUUAAAGGGCCAGGCCUCCUUCACCGUCCUCACAGAGUGAUGUUGCCACUUGUUGAAGGAGACUUUAGGACUGGCCUGGGAUGGCUAUAGGGAGCUGGGAACUAUGUCCCCUGGCUCCACAUCAGGCACUUUAUUAAAGCUGGGCCUCAGCGGGGUGUGUUUGGCCCCUGCCCUUUGGGAGCCUGGCAGGGAAGGGCUUCCAGAAGGAGACUGUGGGGUGAGAGGGAUCCGCCAGGGGAGGCCAGCAGCGAGCUGUUGCACAUUGGGGUAAUGGGGGAGUGGUGACUGCCCCAGACUUGGGCAGACUUGGUUUUGUAAUGAUUUGUAUUGGAAUAAACACACCUAA